ACACACAUGGAGUCAAUAUAAAAGAUUAGCACGGAUUAUGCACCAAUUUAGUUUAAUUUCGAACUUUUAAAACAAAAGUAACGCGUAUACAGCGGAAGUGAUUACCUAAAAUGAGUACGAGUCGGUUUGUAUUACUUUUGAGCUGUGGCGCUGUCUUGCAGCUGACGGCUGCAUUUCCACAACAGGGCGUUUACCGAGAUACCCAGACCAACACAUCAGACCAUUUAAGCUCGGCACGAGAUACGAUGCUUGCUAGCACACUUGAAAUACUUGCCAAUCAGUCCAGCAAUAUUCUACACAUUUCGAAUCAUGUGAUGACGAAUUUAGUCCUAGAACUGGAAAUGACACCUGAUAGAACACCAAAAGUCAAUAAGAUCAUAAAGCGAUUUCAGAAAGCACUAAAACAUAUCGACAAUAUUAAUUUCGAUGACCAACAAGCGGAGUUGGAGAAAAUCUUUGCGGCCGUAGAUGAGGUUGGCGCAAUCUUCGAUGACAUUGAAUUAUUACCCGACGGCAAUGAUAUCAAGAUAUUAGAAAAUGCGCUCGAAAAGCUCGGUCGGAAAAGUGUGGCGGAGAAAUUCGGUAAUACUAUGGAACAAACAAUAUUGCAGCUUACAAAAACAUUCGAAGACUUUGAGAAUUCACUAAGUGAUGAGGAAAAACAAGAAGUACCUGAAAUGAUCGACUGGAUCAAACGUUUUAAGGAAUCGGAUAAUUUUGAAGAACAGCUUGGACCUUUAAUUCAAGAAUUUUUAGAUUUUUUCGAUUGAAAGUUUACAGUUAUUAUUAGUUGCUUAGUAUCAGGUUGUUCAAAAAUUUAAAGGCAACCAGUGUACCAAAUCUAAUUUAUGAUUUAUUAUUCAAUUUUAAUACAUUUAUUUCACCUUUUUUUCAACUCUAAAAAAUUGUUAAAAUUGAUGAUAAUGGAAGUUAUAUUAUGAUCGUUGAAAAGUUCUUUAAUAUAAUAAUGCAUGGAAAUAAUAAAGCAAUUUGCCAGAACCUAA